AUGCUUUGUUUAAUAUUUUAUAAUUUUUUUAAGGAUAACGCUCAUUAUAAGUUUGAAUAUGGAGUUCACGAUCCUCACACUCAUGACCAUAAAUCACAGCAUGAACAUAGACAUGGACAUGACGUCACUGGAGGAUACACAUUGAAAGAAGCCGAUGGAACUCACAGAGUUGUCAAAUAUAAAUCUUCUCCUCACAAUGGAUUCGAAGCUGUCGUUGAAAGAGUAGGUCAUGCCCAACAUCCCGCUCACUACGGCCAUGGUCAUGGUCACGGAGGUCAUGGUGAUGGUGGACACGGUGGAGCUACUAGUUAUGUUGGUGUCACUCACUGGGCUAACCAAGGAAGUGAAGGUCACGGACAUGGACAUUGA